CAUAGGUAGAGGAAAAUAUACUCUUUCUGGGCUUCUGUUAGCAGUCACUGCAGCUCUGGUGUUUGUAGCACGCCACACAGAGCAGGUUGCUAGAGUACUAUUCCUGUGGAGAUCCCAAGUAGAAGAACAACGCGAUUGUGCUAAAGACUUGAAGCGGCGAAACGAGGCACUAGUGUAUAAUAUUUUACCUCCCCACGUAGCUGCGCACUUUAUGGGAAACAGAAACAGAAAUCACGACGAACUAUACUCACAGAGUUAUGAAGAAGUUGGAGUUUUGUUUGCAUCAAUGCCUAAUUUUUCAGAUUUUUAUUCAGAAGAAACUGUAAAUAAUCAGGGUCUAGAAUGUCUAAGGUUCCUGAAUGAAGUGAUAUCUGAUUUCGAUGCGCUUUUAGAACUUCCACAGUACCAAGAUAUAAUAAAAAUCAAGACAAUCGGCUCGACCUACAUGGCUGCCAGUGGCCUAAAUCCUACCAGACAAAUUAAGCCUGACGAUUCCUAUUACAAGUUCGAUGGGCACACUUAG